CCGGGAGGCGUAGGUGCCCGACGUAGCGGCGUUUAGGCCGAGCUACCGCGGUGAGGAGCGAAGCUGUGGCCAUGAAGGAGGAGAAGGAGCACAUGCCUAAGGAGAAGCGAGUAACCCUCUUGACUCCCCCAGGUGCUACAGGCAGCGGCGGUGGGGCUUCGGGAGACAGCACCAAAGGGGAAGAUAAGCAGGAUCGGAACAAGGAGAAGAAAGAGGCGUUGAGCAAGGUGGUAAUUCGGAGAUUACCGCCCACUUUGACCAAGGAGCAGCUUCAGGAACAUCUUCAGCCUAUGCCUGAGCAUGAUUAUUUUGAGUUUUUUUCUAAUGAUACUAGUUUGUAUCCUCAUAUGUAUGCAAGAGCAUACAUCAACUUUAAAAACCAAGAGGACAUUAUUUUGUUCAGGGAUCGUUUUGAUGGUUAUGUAUUCCUUGACAAUAAAGGUCAGGAAUAUCCUGCCAUCGUAGAAUUUGCACCUUUUCAAAAAGCUGCAAAAAAGAAGACUAAGAAAAGAGAUACUAAAGUUGGAACUAUUGAUGAUGAUCCAGAAUAUAGAAAAUUUUUGGAGAGCUAUGCUGCAGAUAAUGAGAAAAUGACAUCUACUCCAGAGACACUGCUAGAGGAAAUAGAAGCAAAAAAUAGAGAACUAAUAGCUAAAAAGACAACUCCACUUUUGAGCUUCCUGAAAAACAAGCAGAGGAUGAGAGAAGAAAAGAGAGAAGAAAGGAGGCGGCGAGAAAUAGAAAGAAAAAGACAAAGAGAAGAAGAGAGGAGAAAGUGGAAAGAAGAAGAGAAACGAAAACGGAAAGAUAUAGAAAAGCUAAAGAAGAUAGACAGAGUUCCAGAAAGGGACAAAUUAAAGGAUGAACCAAAGAUUAAGCUGCUCAAGAAGCCAGAAAAAGGAGAUGAAAAAGAAUUGGACAAAAGAGAAAAGCUCAAGAAAUUGGACAAAGAGAAUCUGAGUGAUGAAAGAGCCAGUGGGCAAAGUUGUACAUUGCCCAAGCGUUCUGAGGGUGAAUUUAAAGAUGAAAAGCCUAAGAGACCUGAAGAUGAGAGUGGCAGAGAAUACAGGGAGAGGGAGCGGGAUUAUGAUCGAGACCAAGAGCGCAUCCUGCGGGAGAGAGAGAGGCUGAAGCGGCAGGAAGAAGAGCGCCGGAGGCAGAAGGAGCGCUAUGAGAAAGAGAAGGCUUUCAAGAGAAAGGAAGAAGAAAUGAAGAAGGAGAAAGAAGCACUUCGGGAUAAAGGAAAGAAGCCUGAAAGUACAGAGCCAGUAGGCAGCUCAGAAAAAACUGAAAAGAAAGAAGAAGUGGUUAAGAGAGAUCGCAUAAGAAACAAGGAUCGCCCGGCGAUGCAGCUUUACCAGCCAGGAGCUCGAAGCCGAAAUCGACUCUGUCCCCCUGAUGACAGCACCAAGUCCGGAGAUUCAGCCAUAGAAAAAAAGCAGGAAAGUGGUAUUAGCCAUAGAAAAGAAGGAAGCGAGGAGUGAUAGGUCCAAAUGGCCUUAGGUGUCCUGACUGUCUAGGCAGCCAAAGAGCACGAAUUAAGCAAUCCAGAAGUGCCUUCAGGGCAAAGGAAUAGAGAGAGAGAGAAAGGGGGUCGCUGUGCUGGUGGGGUACACUGCAGAGGAGUAUGUUUUGCGUUAAAGCAGGAACCCGAUUGCAGGUUCAGAUUGGAAGUACAGUUUUCAUUUUUUAUGCAGUUGCUACAAAUUUAAAGUGUCAGACAAAGCUGAGGGGGAGAGGACAUGCAUUGCAGUUUGCAGGCAAGAAGUAUCACGAGAGGACUUACUUAGGUAUGACACGAGAAGAAGAUAGAAGAAGUGGCUUUAAAAUCAAAAGGUUUUCUUAAUCCUGGAUUGAAUUUU